AUGCUAGUGUCUGCACUUCUCAUGUCCGUUGGGAUAAACUCUUGCCUCUGUGUACUGCUCUUCAUACUCUACUCUGUACUGAGGAAACAACCACACAACUAUGAGGUCUUUUUACCUCGCCGGCUCGUAGCAGGAACGUCUAAGAGAAGACGUAACAAAGUCGCAAGAUACAUCCCUUCUGUGCGUUGGAUUUGGAAAUCAUUUAAACCAUCAGAACAGCAGCUCAUGGAAUCUUCUGGCCUCGACGGCGUCGUGUUCAUGAGAAUGAUCACUUUCAGUUUGAAAGUGUUCUUGUUUGCUGGGAUCAUUGGUGUUUUUGUUCUCUUGCCUGUGAACUGCUUUGGAGAUCAACUUAUACAGAUUGACUAUGCUGACUGGUCAGCGAAUUCUUUGGAUCUAUUCUCUGUUGCAAACCUCAAAAUCCGCUCAAAAUGGCUAUGGGUUCACUUUGGAGCUAUAUAUCUUGUCACUGCAUUCGUUUGUUGUCUUCUUUACUUGGAAUUCAGAUACAUUGGCUUGAAAAGGAUUGAGCAUUUUCAUUCGUCCAAGCCUCAGCCGCAACAGUUCACCAUAUUGGUUCGUAAUGUCCCUUCUUCAGAUGGAAGCAGUGUGAGCGACACUGUUGAUAAGUUCUUUAGAGAGAACCAUUCAUCUACCUACAUGUCCCAUGUGGUUAUCCAUCGAACAAGUAAACUUCGAAGUAUCGUCGAUAAUGCUAAAAAGUUGUAUAAAAAGGUGAAACAGAAGAAGCCAGAACAUGGUCAAGUGAGAAAGCCGCCAAUGAGAUUCUUCAGUCGCAAGGACACUCCUGAGGGUCACUACGAGAAAGUGUUGCAGGAAAUGGAACAUAACAUAAGAUUGGGGCAAGCUGAAGUUUCAUCACCUGGAAAAGAAGUUCGAGCUGCUUUUGUAUCAUUCGAGUCACGAUACGGUGCUGCAAUGGCGCUUCACAUGCCACAAUCAAUCAACCCCACUUACUGGCUCACGGAACCAGCACCAGAGCCUCAUGACGUCCACUGGCCUUUCUUCUCUGCGUCGUUCAUGCAGAAAUGGCUUGCUAAGAUUGUCAUCGUCUUCGCUUGUCUCCUCCUUACAGUCUUGUUUCUUGUUCCGGUCGUACUUGUGCAAGGUCUCACCAACCUCUCUGCGCUUGAAUACUUCUUCCCGUUCUUGACAUUGAUUCUAUCAAUGAAAAUCGUAAGUCAGAUCAUAACUGGCUACCUUCCAAGUCUUAUACUUCAGACAUCUCUGAAAAUCGUUCCUCCAAUCAUGGAGUUUCUCUCUUCUAUCCAAGGCCACAUUUGCCAUAGCGACAUACAAAAGAGUGCUUGCAACAAAGUCAUCUGGUUCACAAUAUGGAAUGUGUUCUUCGCAACUGUCUUCUCUGGCUCUGCCUUCUACAAGCUUUCUGUAAUUCUCGAUCCAAAGGAAAUUCUUGUCAAGUUAGCUGUGGCUGUUCCUGCUCAGGCGUCAUUUUUCAUCGCCUACGUUGUGACAACAGGAUGGACGGAUACACUCACUGAGCUCUUCCGAGUUGUUCCUUUCAUGGUCAGUUACGUGAAAAGAUCACUCGAGCCAACAGAAGAAGAUAACGAGCUAGAAGUCCCUCCGAUGCGGUACCACAGAGACACACCAAGAGUUCUCUUCUUCGGACUUCUUGGGAUUACAUACUUCUUCUUAGCUCCGUUGAUUCUUCCUUUCAUUCUUCUCUACUUUGUUCUUGCAUACAUCAUCUACCGAAACCAGUUCAUAAACGUGUACGAGCCAAAGUAUGACACAGGAGGGAUGUUUUGGCCUAUGAUACACUAUACGAUGAUAUUCUCUCUUGUACUCAUGCACGCAAUCGCAAUUGGUUUAUUUGCUCUCAAGAAGAUGGAGUUAGCUACUUACUUGCUUGUUCCUCUUCCUGUUUUCACUCUUCUUUUCAACGAGUUUUGUCGUAAACGUUUCAUGCCUAUAUUCACUGCUUAUCCUGCUGAGGUCUUGACAAAGAGAGACAAGGAAGAUCAAAUUGAUCCAAGAAUGUCAGAGUUUUACAGUAAGUUGGUUACUGCGUACCAAGAUCCUGCUCUGCUCCCACUUCGAUUCAAUAGCCUCUCAGGAAGCAAUAGCCUCACUAGUCCUCUUCUCUCUUCGAGUGAGGUUUGA